AUGAUAUGGAACACACAAGGUACUGGAAGUCGAGAAUUCAUCAAUGUAUUGAAAGAAAUUGUUAGAGUGAAUAAACCAUGUGUCCUUGCUCUUGUUGAGACACAUAUGGGAGGCGAUCAUGCUCAAAAAAUAGCUUCUAUUCUCAAUUACAAUGGCCACACGAGAGUGGAUGCUCAAGGAUAUAGCGGAGGCAUUUGGAUUUACUGGAAGCCGGAAUUGGUGAAAGUGGAUCCAAUUACCAAACAUAAUCAGUAUAUCACAAUGAUGAUCACUAGAGUAGGUGAAAUUCCGUGGUACUUCACUGCUAUCUACGCUAGUCCUGACCCUUCAAAGAGGAGUGAAUUAUGGUAUGAAUUUAGGAAAUUUGCUGAUAAUAACAACCAGCCUUGGCUACUUGCUGGUGAUUUUAAUGAGACAAGAUACUCUUGGGAAAGAAAUUCAAGCUGCCCUGAAACCUCCAGAAGGAGUGAAAGAUUUAAUGCGUGGGUUGAUGACACCCAACUCCUCGAACUAGAAUUCUCGGGCCCUUCUCACACUUGGCUAGGGGAAAUUCAUAUGAUACAUAUCAAAGUGCAAGGCUUGACAGGGCUUUGUGUAAACUCAGAAUGGGGUUUACGCAAGAGGAGUUGCUUUGGUACCAGAAAAGCUCGCGUGGAUUGGUUAGCUGACGGGGACCGCAACACCACCUUCUUUCAUUUAAGUACAGUGGUGAAAAGAUGGAGGAACAAGAUUGUCGCAGUUAAGGAUGAAAACAACCAAUGGAUACAUGAUAAGGAAGAGGUGAAGAACCUAAUUGUGAAUUAUUUUCGAAAUCUCUUCACUGAUGAUGGUGUCCAUGGGGAGUAUAACAUCCCUACAGGAAUGUGUUCACCAUUUUCAAGCUCGGAUUUAGACAAAUUGAGCAGACCUUACUCUAAAUGUGAUAUUGAUUAUGUGAUCCAGAAUAUGGGUUCCCUUAAAGCGCCGGGUCGGAUGGAUUCCAAGCUUUAUUUUAUCAGAAAAAUUGGGAAUUAG